GUUUACACCAUAAAAUUCCCAAGAGAAAAGUGAAUCUACACAAUAUGUUUACACCAUAAGUUUGGAAAAAAAAUCAACGCAAGUCAUUUUUUCAUCUUCAGUCCGAAAGUAUAAGCGGAUAUUUUUGCAGAUAUUUUGUUAGACAGACAGACGAAGAAGGGAAAAGAGACAAAGCGCGCGUGAAAAAAAGAAAAGAAAAGGAGAGAAAAUGUUUUAAGCUGAGAAAACAAACCCAAUCCAAAGCGAUAGGCAAAUCACAUCCAUCCAUCCAUUGCCAUUGCCACCCAUGGCGCCACUCCCCGCCGCCGCCGCCGCGCCGGCCUUCCUCUUCCUCUCCCCUCCCGGCAAACUGCCCGGCGGCAAACCCAGGCUGAAACCCUCCUGUGCCGCCUCCACCUCGUCUUCGUCGUCGUCGUCACCCUCGCUCGCCGAGCAGCUGGAGCCCCUGUCCCGCAGGCUCCUCCACGGGAAGCCCACGCCCACCCAGCACGCGCCGGAGCCAACCUGGGUGAACCCCUCCAAGCCCAAGCCCACCGUCCUCUCCCUCCGCCGCCACCGCCGCCGCUCCCCUUCCUCCCACCCCUCCUCCGCCCCUCUCCAGCCGCUCCUCCGCGCCAUCCGCGCCCUCCCCGACGCUGCCGACCUCGCCCCCACCCUCCACGACUUCUUCCCCCCGGCCUCGCCGCCCUCCACCUCCGACGCGCUCCUCCUCCUCAACUACCUCCACCCCUCCUGGCGCAAGUCCCUCUCCCUCCUCUGCUGGCUCCGCGCCCUCCCCGAUGGCGCCUUCCCACUUGACACCAUCGUCUUCAAUGUCGCCCUCAAGUCCCUCCGCGCCGCCCGCCAGUGGCCCCAGGCCGAGCGCCUCGCCCUCGACAUGCUCGCCUCCGGUGUCCCCCUCGACAACAUCACCUACUCCACCCUCAUCACCGCCGCCCGCCGCUGCCGCCAGUUCGACAAGGCCGUCGAGUGGUUCGAGCGCAUGUACGCCUCCGACGGCGUCCUCCCCGACGAGGUCACCUACUCCGCCAUCCUCGACGUCUACGCGCAGCUCGGCAUGAAGGAGGAGGUCCUCGCGCUCUUCGACCGCGCGCGCGGCAGCGGCUGGAAGCCCGACCAUGUCGCUUUCGCCGUCCUCGCCAAGAUGUUCGGCGAGGCCGGCGACUACGACGGCAUCCAGUUCGUCUUCAAGGAGAUGCGCGAGGUAGGCAUCAAGCCCAACAUCUUCGUCUACAACGCGCUGCUGGAGGCGCUGGGCAAGACCGGCAAGCCAGGCCUGGCACGCAACCUGUUCGAGGAAAUGACGGCCGAGGGCGUCGAGCCCAACGCGCGCACGCUCACGGCGCUCGCAAAGAUCUACGGGAGGGCGCGCUGGGGGCGCGACGCGCUGCAGCUCUGGGAGCAGAUGCGGGAGAAGAAGCUGCCCGCCGACAACAUCCUCUGCAACACGCUUCUGAGCAUGUGUGCCGACGUGGGGCUGGUGGGCGAGGCCGAGCAGCUCUUCAGCGAGAUGAAGGACCCGGACCUGGGCGACGUGCCGAAGCCAGACAAGUGGAGCUACACGGCCAUGAUCAACAUCUAUGGGAGCAGCGGGGAUGCGGACCGCGCACUCCAGCUGUUUGCGGAAAUGGUGGAGAGCGGAAUCGAGCCCAACAUCAUGAGCUAUACCAUUGUGAUCCAGUGCCUGGGAAAGGCAGGGAGGAUACAGGAGGCGGUGGACGUGCUAGAGGCUGGGAUGGCCAAGGGCCUCAAGCCCGAUGACCGACUCUGCGGGUGCCUGCUCUCCGUGGUCGCGCUGAGCAGCGGGGACGAGACGGAGGUGAUUCUGGCUUGCCUGGAGAAGGUGAGGAGUAAUCUGGUGAAGCUGAUCAGGAUGCUCGGGGAUGCCCGGGUGGGAGUGGAGGACCUGAGGGUGGAGCUGAAGGGCAUACUGAACAGCGCGGCCCCUGAGGUGCGGCGGCCCUACUGCAACUGCCUGAUCGACAUAUGCCGCAACCAUGGGUACCCUAGUGAGAGGGCAGUGGAGCUGUUCCGCCUCGCCCGGCACUAUGGCCUGUACUCGAAGAUCCAUACGAGGAAGGAGGAGGAGUGGUCGCUGGACCUGCGGUCGCUGUCGGUAGGCGCGGCCAAGACGGCGUUCGACGACUGGAUGAAGACCAUCCGGGAACACGAGGAGGAGGAGGCUCUGCCACAGACGUUUAGCGUGUACACCGGCUCCAGCACCCACAAAUUCGCGCAGGGGCUGGCGACCGCGGUGGCCUCUCAUCUUGAGCAGGUGGGGGCGCCGUUCCGUGCCAGCGACUCCCAGCUUGGGAGCUUCAUCAGCAGCAGGGAUGAUCUGCUCUCCUGGUUGCACACCACCAUGUCAUCGCCGGAUGUUGCCGUAUGAUCGCCGGUUGGUUGCAUCAUGCAGUCUUGCAGACAGGACAGGAGGGACGACGGCCGUGCCGUCACAUUAAAAUGCUCGUCAUUGUUUGGUUUUGGUUGGCUGCAAAUUAAAAUGCUCCCAAAGAAUAGGAUUGCGAGGAGGAUGGAUGGAUGGUGCUGUACAUGCGCAAACACUCCGGAUAAUUGUCAUUUCUCUGCCUUUUUUAUACUAGUCCAGUUUGUAGGAAGCUGGACAAGUGAUAAGCAGAUAAGCUAGUACUAGUGUGGUUUUCUCACCUCUUUUAUUUAUACUCCUACUAGAUUACUCACAGUUGUUAGGGAUGAGGUGAGGGCACUCUGAAGAUGAGAGAGAGCUCACAGUUUAUGGUUUUUGUACGACGAAAUUAUUAUUACAUAUCUGGGUCUGGGUGCCAGCCGCCCGCUUCUCAAAUUGUACUUGGUUGAUUUUCAUGUGUGGAUCCAUGGGGAUGGUCAUAGAUAGGGCGCCAUAGGAAGGAGUUUUGCAAGAAAAGAAAAAACAAAAACACCUUGAAUUUAUGGGCUGUCGAAAUGUAAAAAGGCCGAGUCCACAUGCAGCCCAUCAGAGACGGCCCAUCAAGAAUCUUUUCUUACAGAUGCAUGAUGUCCCAUGCAGCCCCAACCACUCCUCCUCCUCAUCGGAGGGGUUCUUCUUCCGAAAUCCGAAUCGAUCAAUCGAGCAAGGGACGGGACAGGGACGAAUCGUCGCCGGAGAAGAGGAGAGGGAGAGAGAGAGAGAACAGAGGGGCAGAAGGCGAGACAAGAUGAUACUAGCGGUGCUCUUCUCCAACUCCGACGGCAACAUCCUCAUCGAGCGCUUCCAUGGUGUUCCCGCGGAGGAAAGGCUGCACUGGCGUUCUUUCCUCGUCAAGCUUGGCGCCGACAACCUCAAGGGGGCCAAGAACGAGGAGCUCCUCGUUGCCUCUCACAAGUCCGUCUCUAUUGUUUAUACAAUGAUUGGGGAUGUCUGCCUGUACAUUGUUGGCAAGGAUGAAUAUGAUGAGCUUGCUCUGGCCGAGGUGAUAUUUGCAAUCACAUCGGCAGUGAAGGAUGUAUGUGGGAAACCGCCUACGGAGAGGCUCUUCCUUGACAAAUACGGGAGGAUCUGCUUGUGCCUUGAUGAGAUUGUUUGGAAGGGUCUGCUGGAGAACACGGAGAAGGACAGAGUCCGGAGGUUGAUCAGGCUAAAGCCGCCCGUUGAGCCAUGAUUUUUUGAUCACUUUGGAAUAUGUGUGUAUCCUUCUCGUCGUGUAAUCAUAUCUCUCGCAGUUUAUUUGCUGGCAGUUGUUUUUUUAUUCCCUUUGGGAUGGAUGAUUCUGUAUGUGUACAAUCCUAAUACAUUUUGCCACUGAUGAUUUGUACUGUUA